AUGAUCCUAAAUUCCUUUCCAAGCUUCCCCAGAAAUGUUGAGAAUCUUUUUAUGUCUCUCAUCGCUAGUGUUGUCGCUAACACCGUGCGCGGGCGCUUAACGCUGCGUCGCUAUUUUUUGUUCUACGCCCUACAUUUACUAUAUUCACUACAUUGCUAUUGUAGAAUAAACUUUUUAUUUAUUUAUUUUUUGCUUUUUUUUUGUGCAUUUCCCCACAGUAGAAGUCUUUUGAACAUCUCAACACAUAAGCACAGCCAAUCAGAAAGCCCGCCACUCAACCUGCGUCCAUAUACCAGCACCGGACUGCCAACAAAAGACUUGAUCGACUCCUACUGCAUCAUAUUUCUCAUAACAGUUUUUGUCCCCGUAGAUCAAUUUUUUAGUCAAGAUUUGCCAAUCUCCGCACGGUAUUUCAGUUAA